AUGUCCCCUACCGCCAACACCCCAGUGGCCUCUGGCCUCAUGCGCCUCGCCAACCUGCCUAGCGAGGAAGACGCCCUCGCCGCCAUCAAGACAUCCAUCGACAAUGGCAGCACCUAUCUCAACGCAGCCGAGUUCUACGGCCCGCCCGACUACGGCAGCCUGUACUUCCUGGCCAGGCACCUCGAGCGCCACCCCGAGGACGCCGGCAAGAUUACCCUCAACGUCAAGGGCGCCCUCAACACCACCACCUACAUGCCCGACGCCGCCCCGGACAAGACGCGGCAGAGCAUCGCGAACUGCCUGCGACUGCUCGAGGGCAGGGUCCCGAUCCACCAGUUCGCCCCUGCGCGCGUCGACCCCGACCACGACAUCCUCGACACCCUGGCCGUCGUCAACGAGUACGUCCAGGCCGGCAAGAUUGGCGCCAUCGGCCUCAGCGAGGUCUCCGAGAUGACCCUGCGGCGCGUCGCCGCCAAGUACAAGGUGGCCACGCUUGAGAUUGAGUUCUCCCUUUUCAGGACCGAGCCCCUGAGCAACGGUCUGCUGGCCGCCUGCGCUGAGCUGGGCGUCACCGUCCUUGCUUACUCCCCUCUCGGAAAGGGCCUGCUCGGUGGACAGUUCAAGAAGGUAAAGGAUAUCCCCGAGAACGACAUGCGCCGGCAUUUCCCCCAGUUCUCCGCAGACAACCUCGCCAAGAACCUCGAGCUCGUCGGGGCUGUCGAGGAGCUGGCCAAAAAGAAGGGCUGCACCGCCGGGCAGAUCGCCAUUGGGUGGAUUCUGGACGUCGCCAAGCGGCCCUGCAUGCCCACCAUCUACCCGCUCCAGGGCUCCGGUAACCCUUCGCGCAUCAAGGAGAACCUGGCCGUCGUCGACCUCUCGGCCGAGGAUGUGGCCCAGAUUGACGAGUUCCUCAAGGACUUUGUCGGGGCGGGUAGCAGGUACCCUGAGCGGAUGAUGACCGUGGUUGACCAGUAG